GAGAGAGAGAGAGAGAGAGAGAGAGAGAGAGAGAGAGAGAGAGAGAGAGAGAGAGAUGAAGAAAGAAGAAGCGCAUCCCUUGUUGAGGGGAGGAAGGAGGAGGUCAAGCUACAGCCACGGCUUCUCCGCAUCUCAGAUCCAAUCACUAACCGCCAUCUGUCACACCAUCAUUCCUCCCCUCACCAAUCUUCGUGCUGAGGUCGACGACGACGACGACGAUGACGUCAUUACAGGCGGAGAUAUGUCGAACCACGUCCAGGCUUUUUACUCCUCCAACGGCCCUGAUGAGGUGGCGGAGCUAAUUGUGAAGAGGGGUGUGCCUAAAGCAGUGUUCAUAGUGAGCUUAGUGUUGAAGUUUCUGUCAAGCAGAUUGGGAACACUUGUUCUUUGUGGCUACAUUUGUUUCGACAAGAAUUGGCCGUUCGUACGCACUUUCUCCGAGCUGCCGUUAAAGAAGAGAGAAUCCGUCCUUCAGAACUGGUCCAGACAAACUCUUCUGCUCCCUCUACGAAUCGCUUUCUUGCUUCUCAAAAUCAUCACUCUCUUCAUCUUUUUCUCUUGGACUGAUGAGAACUCGAGUAAUCCAGCAUGGGAAGCAAUCGGAUACCACGUAGAAGAAAUCCUCGAAAAACAAGAAAACGAGCCCCCGCUCAAAAAGGGAGUAAUCGAGACCAUGAAGAAUGAAGACGACGCCUCACUAAAGGAAUCUCUACUCCAAAAGGGUGUUUCCGUGAUCGAAGAUCCGAACGAAAAAAACACGUUCAAGAUCAAAUGCGACGUGGCGAUCGUCGGAUCAGGCUCUGGCGGCGGAGUUGCCGCGGCUGUUCUUGCAAAAUCGGGCCAAAAAGUCAUCAUAAUCGAGAAAGGCAACUACUUUACACCCCAAGAUUAUUCUGGUCUAGAAGGACCUUCUUUAUCCGAGCUGUACGAAUCGGGUGGAAUUCUAUCAACUGAAGAUGGGAAAAUUAUGAUCCAAGCGGGGUCCACAGUGGGCGGUGGCUCUUCGGUAAAUUGGUCAGCUUGUAUAAGAACACCCGAUUAUGUCCUCCAAGAAUGGUCUAAACAAAAUAAGCUUCCUCUUUUCACCACCAACGAAUAUAAAUCCGCCAUGGAUGAUGUGUGCGAAAGGCUUGGAGUAACUGAAAAUUGCGUAGAAGAAGGGUUUCAAAAUAAAGUUCUUCGAAAAGGGGUCGAAAAUCUUGGCUUGAAAAUCGAGCCUGUGCCUAGAAACUCGUCGGCGGAUCAUUAUUGUGGCUCUUGCUGCUAUGGCUGCAAAAGAGGUGACAAAAAAGGAACCGAGUCCACUUGGCUAGUCGAUGCUGUAAACGAAGGUGCAGUAAUUUUAUCCGGUUGUAAAGCGGAAAAAUUCGUUCUUGUUAAAAACAGAUGCAUUGGAGUAAUUGCAACUAGCGAAAACAAGAACAUCAAAAAGAAGCUUUACAUCGAAGCACGUGUGACGAUUUCCGCAUGCGGCUCUCUCCUCACGCCUCCACUAUUGAUAUCGAGCGGCUUGAAGAACAAGAAUAUCGGAAGUAACCUACACCUCCACCCCGUUUCGUUCGUGUGGGGGUACUUUCCGGAACCUUCAUCGGAGAUCAAAGGCAAGUGCUUCGAGGGCGGGAUACUAACUUCACUCCACAAGGUACAACAAAAUCAAGAAUCGGACAAUUUCGAAACCGUGAUUGAAGUUUCGGCUCUCGGGCCCGCUUCAUUCGCGGGCCUUAUUCCUUGGGCAUCAAGGCAAGAAAUAAAUGAGAGAAUGACGAAAUAUUCAAGAACUGCGGUUUUAUUCGCCUUAACAAGAGAUCAAGGAUUAGGUGAAGUGAAAAGACAAGGGCAUGUGAAAUAUAGGCUAAGUAAAAUCGACAGAGAGAAUAUUAAAACGGGCUUGAGACGGGCUUUGAGGAUUCUGAUUGCAGCUGGAGCUGAGGAAGUUGGGACGUUCAGAAGCGACGGGCAGAGAAUAAAAUGCAGAGGGAUUAAAGAUGAGGAGUUGGAUGAGUUUCUUGAUAAUGUUGGUGCGGUAGGUGGGCCCCGUUCGAGAUCGGAGUAUUGGACGAUUUAUUGCUCGGCUCAUCAAAUGGGGAGCUGUAGAAUGGGGGAGAGUGAUGAAGAUGGUGCAGUGGAUGAGAAUGGAGAGUGUUGGGAAGCUAAGGGGCUGUUUGUUUGUGAUGGGAGUGUUCUUCCUUCUGCUCUCGGUGUUAAUCCGAUGGUCACUAUUCAAUCGACUGCGUACUGCAUUUCGAAAAGACUGGCUGCUUCUUUGAAGAAAGGGAAGUUAGAUUCUUGAUUUUUUGUUCCUUCUUUUUUUGGCCUUUUCUUGUCUUGGUUUAUUUGACAGUGUGUAAAUAUGAAUUUGAGGAAACAAAUAGAGACUUUAUAAAUUUAGGUGUAAUUUAGAUAAUUCACGAAUUUCAUUACGAUUUAUAUUAAUAUA